AUGUCGAUCAAAUAUCUCACUGCAAAGCUUGCCCAACAAAUUGACGAGGAACUCAUGAACCAAGCGGGGGCCUUCAGUAUCGAUCAACUUAUGGAACUCGCCGGCUUAGCCUGUGCGCAGGCUCUAGCUCGUGUAUAUGACAAGAAAAUGUAUCCCAACGUCUUGGUAUGUUGUGGUCCUGGAAAUCAAGGGGGAGAUGGCUUGGUAGCAGCUCGUCAUCUGGGGAUGUUUGGUUAUACGCCUACAAUCUUCAUGCCAAAGCCCGGUUCCAAAGAAAUAUACCAGCGGCUCAAAAGCCAAUGCGAUAACAUGAAGAUCAAAACUAUUCCCCCUUCUGAGGAUACAUCUCUUCUCCGCGACGCCCUCUCUUCUUCGAAUGUGAUCUUAGAUGCCAUCUUCGGCUUUUCGUUCAAAGGACCUAUCCGCGCACCAUUUGAUACGACUCUGCCUCUCUUGACUGACUCCCACCUUCCAAUUGUUUCAGUUGACAUACCAUCUGGCUGGGACGUCGAGGAAGGAAAAAUUGAGCGGAUUGGACUACAAUCGGAUGUUCUUGUCAGUUUGACUGCUCCCAAACUGGGCGUACGUUCAUUCAACGGUCGACACUUUCUCGGUGGAAGAUUUAUUCCAAAGACACUGGAGGAGAAAUAUCAGCUAAAUCUCCCAGAAUAUCCCGGGUCAGAUCAGAUUGUCGAGUUGAAAGAGUAG